AUGGCUUCCUCAUCGCCUUAUCCCGACCCUCCUCCGGUGCCCAUUUCGGAGCUGCUGGAGAACGCCAAGAAAUGGAAGGAGAACUUCAACAAGCCGUUGCCACUGGGCGUCAAGAAGGCCGUCUCGAUCAUCACAUGCAUGGUGGAGCUCCCUGCUAUUGCCCAUGAUGGCCGCGUCAUGCCUGCCAGCAUCUUUGGACUGGAUCUGGGCGAUGCUGAGUACAUCCGGAAUGCUGGUGGCCGCGUCACUGACGAUGUCAUCAGGUCGCUGGUGGUGGCUCAGGAGCUGCUCAAUUGCAAGAUCAUAUUGCUCGUCCACCACACCGACUGCGGUGCGCAGGCGGCCAAGAAGCACCACAGCUGGCUCAUCAAGAAGAUCAAGGACAAGCUGGGAGUGGAUCUGAGCAACUACAACUUCUUGGGCAUCGGCCCCACGGAUGCUGACCUGGCGGAGAGUGUGAAGGAGGACGUUCACAAGCUGCGCGCAUCGCCCCUCAUCCCCAAGCAGGUCCCCAUCUACGGUUUCGUCUACGACGUCAAGGAUGGCUCAUUGAACGAGGUGACCCGCUCAGAGGAGUGA